AUGGACUUGGCCGACAGCGGAAGUGAUGCUGAGUGCCUUCUCCUGGCAGAAGCAGGGAAUCAAGACACUGCCGUUGACGUUGCAACCCCUGUGGCAUUGGUCACGGCAUUUCGUGUGAUGUACAUGGCAGUGUCUCAUAUUCAAGAGCUGAGAGGGUAUGAUCUUGUGAGUCAAUCCUUGCUGGCCCGUGGCUGUGCUGCAACAACCCACUUUUCCGGUGUGGGCUGCGUCGAAGUGGCAGCAAACCUGCUGCACAAUGCAGUUGCAGCCAGUGUUCAGGGUGCCAUGCCUCUACGGUUCGUGGCUGCUUGUGACUCCAGUCGGCACUGUGCCAAUGUGUUGAUUGCCAGAGGUCAUGGCUGCGUGUUUCGAGACAUGCGUUUGGUCAUCUCCGAUGCUGGCACAGCGGGCACGACAUAUGCGGAAGUCCUUUCUUCGAAGGAGACGCGUCCGCGUCUUUAUUUUGCGCUAGUCCGUCGUGACUGCCUUCUGCCUGGAACGGACGUGGCUGACAAUUAUCAGUUUGUCUGUGAGCAGCUUCGUGCGCACAUGGCUUUGCACGGUGCUCCGACAAUUGCGGAUAUUUGCCGUGCCUCACCAAAGCAGUGGCUGGUGAUUGAAGAAAAUCGAGCCAGGUCUAGGAGGAAGAUGUCACCGCCGGUGACCGUGUCUGGUGUGUCUUGGGCAUAUCUCCUGACACGAAACCAGGCAAACUUUGAGAGCAGGUACAGGUCGCUCUGGAAGGAAAAGCUCGGCACCGACCCGAGCACCGAUGAAAACUGCCUGUUCGAUCUCAGCCAGGACCAUGGUUGGUGUGAGCUGGCCUACUGCUGCCAGGACCCAGACCGCCGGCCGGUGACUUCGGGUGCCAAACGGCAGAUCCCGACCAUCCGUCAUGGAAGUGCCUUGCUGUGGUCUCCGAUGCUUCAACGGUGGCUGAUUCCCAACGAACUGUUGGUGGCCAGUGGCUUCCCGCUCUUGCCUGCAAUAGCACGUGCCAGUGGAGUUCCCGUCGACGAGGUGUCUUUGCAGUGGCUGACACCCAGUGAUGUAGGCAAUGGAAUGCACAUCUUUCAGGUCGGAGUAUUUUUUGGCGAGUAUCCUGAGCUGUGUUUCUGCCGGGAAGUGCGACGCACCGAUGGCCUAGUUUCGAUGGAAGCGCAACGAAGCCACUGCUGUUUCACCGACCCGGGCCCCGUCACCGACUAG